UUUUUGACGGGGGUGGGGUCACAUUUCAACGUAACACCGGAAACAGUGGCAUAGGCAGUGAUGGCGUCUGCUGCAGCGACCCGUACGGCAGCUGGUGCCGCUAAAAUAGUCAAACCGAUUUUUAGCCGUGAUGUGGACGAGGCUAAACGCAGGGUCCGAGAACUUUACCGAGCCUGGUACCGGGAGAUACCAAACACAGUGACGAUGUAUCACCUGGACAUCACAAUACGCCAGGGCAGAGACAAGGUGCGGGAGAUGUUCGACAAAAACAAGAACGUCACUGACCCCCGCGUGAUUGACAUGCUAGUCAUUAAGGGUAAAAUAGAUCUUCAGGAAACCAUUCACGUCUGGAAACAGAGGACCCACUUAAUGCGUUAUUUCCACGAGACCGAAGAGCCUCGAGCAAACGACUUCCUGUCCAAAUUCUACAAAGGCCAUGACCCAUGAACUGUGUAGAUGCCAGCUGACCUCUGACUCAUCUUUGCUUGUGUCCCGUGUGAAAGAUGUUCCUCUACAAUGUAAAUACACACUUUAACAUUCA